AUGGUCAGGGGCCGCGGAGCAUGGUGCUGGAUCAGCCAGGCAGUCUCGGACACCAACAAUUGCACGGUGGAAUGCCUCUGCAACAUUGCGGCCGCGGUACCUGAGCAUGAAGCGUUGGCAUCUGUGCUGAUUUCCAUUUGGAAGCCAUUGUUCUUCAACGAGCUGCGAACCCAGCAGCAGCUGGGCUAUGUGGUGUCCUGCUUCAUGCGCAUCCGUGUAACGCAUAUCUCCUUGGUCUUCCUUGUGCAGACAGAGCGGAUGCCAGAAAUUGCUCUCAAGAGCAUUGACAAGUUCUUCGGGCACGCCUUUACCCACAUCCUUUGCGUUGUCACUGAGCGCCAGUUCCGCGAACAAUGCGAAGGCCUUGCGCGGCAGCUGGAAGAGGCUCCUCGCAACCUAUGGGAUGCGAUGAGUCGGGACUGGCUGCCUAUCGAAGAAAGGACGUUCUCCUUCGAUGCUUGUAUGAGACAGGCGGCGAUCCUGCGUGCGUGCACCCUGCAGCAGCUACGCGACUUUGUCAAAAGCAAGGUUCAGCCAUGUCCUCGUCUUGCAGUGCUACUGCGAAGUCCAAAACACGCCUGGCAGCGAUCUCAUCACGACUGGGGCGAUGCCAGGAUCCUGACCAAGUGGGAUGUCGCCAACUUCCAGCAAUCCUUGACCUCCAGCGAGGGAAGCAAGCUAUUUGGCAAAGAUGUGGCAACUGUGUCUGCCUCAGAGAAGGCUCCCGGCCGCAAGGCGGAAGACCUGCAGAUUGACGAAGAUGAGGAGUGCAGAGUGCAAUGA